AUGUGUCUAAAUUACACAUGUAAUAACCCAGACAUUUAUUUGGUGAAGACCCCUAAUUCAGUAAAACGAAGUGUUUUCACCGUAUCCACUGCCACCUGCCUGCCGACAGUUUCACCGCAACCCUGGUAUAAAAAGGGUGCUAAUAUGAGUCUAUCCCUUGUUCAAGGGACCCCGGGUGCAGUUUUUGUCUUACCCAGGACAAAGUGGAAAAAGGCGCGAGUGCUUCUGGGGAAUGGACAGGGUGCCGGGCAAGGGGUGCCAUGGCAGGCUGCCCGGGGCAGUGGCAGGGCAAGUAUCGGGGGAGGGUGCCAGGGUAAAUUGACGGGCUGGGGGUUAGGGCCGGGUCCGGGGCAAGGGGACGGCCAAAGUGCCAUGGCAAGGGGUCAGGGCCAGGAGUGCCGGGUCAGUGUGCCAGGACCGGGGUGCCUGGAAAAGGGUGUCAGGGCUAGGGGUGCCAGGGUCAAAAUGUGCCAGGGGCCGGAUGCCAUGGCAAGGGCUGUCAGGGCCGGGGGGCCAGGGUCGUGUGCAGGGGCCCGGGGUGCCAUGGCAAAACAGUCAGGGCCGGAGUGCCAGGGUCAAAUGGCCGGGCCCGGGUGCCCCGGGCCCGGGGUGUCAGGGCAGGGUGCCAGGGGCAAGUUGCCAGGGCCAGGGGUGCCUGGCAAGGGUGCAGGGCCAGGAGUGCCUGGCAAGGGCUUCAGGCCGGGGGGGCCCGGGGCAAGGUGUCUGGGCAAGACCAGGGCCAGGUGUGUCAGGGAGGACUGCCGGGGCAAUGGCCAGGGGCCGGGGUGCCAUGGCAAGGGUGCAGGGGCCCCGUGCCAGGGGGGGCCCCCCCCCUGUGCGGCCCGGGUGCCAUGGCAAAGGGCUGCCAGGGGCCCGGAUAUCAGGGGCCAAGAGUGCCAGGGUCAAAUGUGA